AACAAAGAGAAAGAGUAGGUUUGGGCGGAGGGGGGGGCGAGAGAGAAAUGGAAGAACUGAGCGAAGAGGAAAGGAGAGCUCUUCGAGGCAGCAAAUUCGCACCCCUCCCUUCCCUACCACCCCUACCUCCUCGUUCCCAACCCAGAUUGGCACACCCAGGAGGACCAUUGAGGACGAACAAGGCCGCGGCACUGGCGAAAUUUCUAGAAAGAAAGCUAAAGGAGCCCAGCGGAUUGGCCUCCAUCAACCCCGAUCUUCUCGAACUCGCCGUCCAAAAUGCCAAACACACCGUCCUUUCCGGUGGUACUUCGAAUUCAGGAAGCACCAUUCUACAUGUAGACUCCUUUGGCGACCCUGAGUUUUGGCAGGAUUCUUCCGAAGAAGGAAAUGUGGGAAGUUCUGAGUUGAAGAAAUUUAAGAACAAGAAGAAGAAGAAUAAGAAGAAAGAGAAGAAGAAAAAUAAAAAACGAAAGAUGGCGGAAGAAACUGGAUGUUAUAUGGUCAAGAAGCGGAAACAAAAGUCCAGACUUUGAUUGGACUAAAUUAUGAAAAAUGGGUUGUACCUGAAAAGUCAAUUAGAGACUUUAAAACCGGGGGUUACUGGGGAAGUGGAAGCCGGCCGUGGUGUUUUGAUUGUGUGAACCAGUCACUUAUCCACUGAUUUUUGGGGGACUUUUUAGGAGUUUAAGUGCAACUGACAUUUAAGACAAGCCAAUAUACCUUUUUGUUGUUGCAUGUUGCUUGUAGUCGCAAGAGUUACUACUGCUUGGCAGACAUGGAAUUAUUUUGUACCAGGCAACCUCUUUUGUUCCUGUGUAGGGGUUUGUAAAAGAACUGGUCCAUUUGCCAAUUCACCCACGAUCAGCUUGAAUAAGCUUGACUCGAACUUGGUUCAUUUAAUAUAUGAGCGGUUCAUGAAUACAAAAUCGCGUUCGAUUAUUAAAAGAGAUUUAUCUGUAUAAACUUUGCUCGAGUUGAUUAAUGUUUGUUGACAUACUUUGCAUAA